UACAACGCUCUGUAGGCACAUCCAAUGAAUAUGCUUGAAUGAAAUUCUCUCUCGUAUCCGUUGUUUACUGUCAGAAUUGAAAUAGUGUCACCAACUCCAUAGGGGUGGGUUAAACUGGUAUGAACUCACAUUAUAUGCGAGAACACAAGUUCUCUGGCUUGGAGCUGUCGUCUCACUGUUUUAAAAAAUAUUCAAAAAUAUUUAAGUUUGGUACUCUUUUUGCUUGAAGCAGCAUGCCUAUAAUUUUCUCAACUAAUAUGUAAAACUUUGUUGUUGAAUUAAAAUUGUCAGAUUAAAAUUUCUUAACUAUUUUAUGCUCAUGUACGCUUAUUGUGGCAGGUUAAAGGUUAGGAUAUUGACAGGGUAGGUACUUUGAAUCUUUGUAGAAUCUACAAGUAAAUAGGAACAUGAGUGUGAUGUUAUCAAAAGUUUUUCCCUCGUAUGGACAAACCGUUGUUUUUAUGCUGUACAAAAUUAUAGAACAUCUUUGAAAUGUGGUUUAUUAUACAUACUUAUAUACAUAUAUGUAGAAUGAUUUAAGGGGAUAGAUGGGUUUCAGAGGUACAAAAAAAGGUAUUUUUAGGACUUUUUUUAAUAUAAGCAAUCAUAUAUUUGAAAAAUAUAAUAUGUUACAUCAAAGGUACAUAUUUGAACAAUUUCUCCUGAAAUUUCGAUACAAAAAUGUUGAAAAUUCAGCCAUUGAGACCUCAUUUCCCUGGAUGUCUCACAAAAAAGUGCUCUCGCCAUGGACAGCAUAACUUAUUAUUGGGUCAUAUAAAAUUAAAAAACUAAGCAUAAUACGUUAGUACAUACAUAUGGAUCUAAAUCUCGCCUUUGAAAGAAAAAAAUAAAAAAAUAUUAAAAUUUAGCUUUUUUCUCAGACUUUGAACAAAAAAUCUAAUUUUCUGGUAAAAUUUUCGCCAUUUAUUGGUCAAAAAAAUAUUCGUUCAAUAUCUAGAUAAUGUUAUUUUAAAAACGUGUACACAAUACGAACUAAAUCGGUCGGUAACUUUUCGAGAAAUCGUGUCCACCGACUUCAUAAACACAGUUUCGAGAAAAACACGUUUAAAGACGGGGCACUUAGCGCAGCUAGCCUCGAGUACACAAGUUCUCAAGGCUGUAUCUCCGAAACUAUUACUCAGAUCAUCUUUAAAAAUUAGGACAAUAUUCUAGAGGUAUUGUAGAAUUUAAUAAGGCAAACAAAAAAAUCGAUUUUUUGAAAUUUUCAAACCCACCUAACCCCUUAAUGGCCCGUUGAUUUUAAGUAUGUAAUUUAAAAAAGUAAAAAGUUAUCGAAGGAAGGAUCCUAGAAGUUCAUUCCCUUGUCAUUUAGCAAAUUUACUCCAAACAAGAAGAAACGAAACCAAAUUGUUAUAAUCCUUAUUUCUGUCAUUAGUCAAGGUCUAGAACAUUUAAAUUUACCGGUUUUACUGAAAAGAUUAACUGAACAUGCACUAGUCGUACGCCAAUCGCCCGAAGCAUAGUUUUUUCUAGAUGUGAAGCAGACUGCGUUCUUAUUCCUAUUCAUAUCACAUCAACCGAACUUUAUAGGGAUGAGGUCAGUGGUGAGGUACAUUUAACUGUUAAAAUUACGCAUAUGUAAAGUAUUCGUGCGCUCAUUUGCACAUUGCCAUGGUGAUGUGGAAACGAAGGCAACUUGAGCACAAAUGAGAGUGCGGUUAUUGCGCAAAUCGGAGUCACACUCAUUUGAAGUUUCGCUACUGCGGUAUUGGAUUCGCGAAACGAAGACAACUCACUGAGUUUAUGUAGAACCGGGAACGCGUACAGAUGUACAUUCGCAACGACGCGUUGCAGUCUAAAGCUAAGAGCAAGAGGAUAAUAAAUAAAUAAUAACCAUAAUCAUAAUAAACAUAAUAAAAAGCAGUAAUGUGCGUUCUAGGUGCAUGUAAUCACUUGUCGGUGUAGAUAAAGUGCUGUGUGUUGAAUGAGAAAUGUGAAGGGAGCAUCCCAUCGCAUAAAAUGAAAUGUAAGCAUAAAAAGUGAAAAUAAAGUGGAAAAGUAUAAUAAAUAACUUUAAACAUCUACUGGCGCUGCCAAGUCGCCGAAAACACAGUUUAUUAAGAGAGAAUUUACAUAUGUAUAUUAUCCAGAGGGAUAAUCAUUUAGGAAAAUUGUCUGAAAAGAUGGAAGUGCAAUAAAAUUUUUACACACCGAAAUUCGCUUAAAGAGACAGGUGCCUUUGCAGUGAAACUUGGCUGCAUAAAUAUAUAUACAUAUAUUCCAAUUCAAAAGUGAACUCGUCGAGUAAAAGGCAAAAUUCGAAGCAAAUACAGAAGUGCAAAGCAAUUUUAGCGAAACGGCUAUAAAGUGAAAGCAACAAGAGUUGGGAUUGAGCAGCAACAGCCACGGCAAGGUAGCUGCUUAAUUAAGGCAGGCAAUCUUCGUCGCAUACUCGCGCACUUGCCAAACAAAUAUUUUCACUUCAUCUCAACACACACACACAGACACAUUAACACAAAUAUACUUAUAUAAACAUAUAUGCGCACUUUAGGCAAGUGGAGUGUAUCAGCUUUUAGGCGCAGCAACCGCCGAAGCAAGAGCCAAGAAUAACAAACAUUGCAAGCGUUGAAGAGCAGAAUUUGCAGAAUCCACGGUGAAACACGUUUCCGCUAGAUAUUGGUGUGACAGCCGACUGGAGACGAUACCUUAUUGGCAUAGUUUAAAGCAUCCACAGGCGGCUAAGACAUUCGUUAGCCAAGUAGGCAUUGACUUUUCCAGACAGCAAACUUUGUGGCUGGCACGCGUACAUGUUACCGUUACACUGCUACCUAUCUAAAUGUCGUAAAGUUGAAGGAUUUUUGGUGCUGAAAUAACACACACAUAUACAUACAUACAUUAGGCAAGUGGAUAGUCGCUCGUCGACGUUGUGCUAACCAAAUACCGCACUGCAGCAGAAUUUUGCAAAUACACCCACUUUCAUACGCAUAUCUGUAUACAUAUACACGUUUAGUAUGUGUAUGUAAAUACAGUUUAAAAUCUGUUUUGUUUCAGUUGCAUACUUCACCAAAAAAACUGUAUAGUAGUGUGUGCACAGCAAAGAAUAACGGCAACCGAGCGAGUCCCAACACUGUUGACGCCGCUUUGAACUUCGAUCCAUAGACGCUGUGUAGCCAACAAGGUCCGUGCCGAGCCGUUCUUCGUUAGUUGCUAAUUAGUCGCCUACCGGUGCAAGCGCAUAAGUUGUAGUGAAACUGGCAAGUUGUUUAGCCUUAAUUGUAUCGCAUUUACCGAAUUAUCAAUGUAACAAUUAAUUUAUACGUCUGCUAAUCAGCUGUGAGUAGGUUAAUUCCGAGAGUGUUGUUUGUUGCUUAUCGAACGCGUAGAAAAGUGUGUGAAAUAAAGAAAACAAUAUAAAAUAGAUGAUCAAAUAAAAACGGUAUUCAGCCAAAUGAAACGAGCCGGAUAAUCGGUAUAAACUGCAACGCAUUCAAUAUCGCCGCAUACACACAUCUGCAAUAUUCCGUUAUAGUCGCCGCAAACCACAAUUCGGUCGGUGGCUGACCUACUGCGUUCGCCUGCACCCAAACAACUACUACAACAAAAUAAACAAGAGCAACACAAUCGACCGCAACCGAGGACUCGUUCAACAGCGCCUGACAUCAUCCGUCGCAUCGUACUCGACGUCCGCAUCGUCGUCUCAAGAUGACCACAGAUUUGUUGUUCCCGAAAAUUUCGGAUUGCUCAUACGUCUCGUGUUACUGCGAAGAGAAUGUUUGGAAACUUUGUGAACAAGUGAAGAAAACACGCAUCGAUGAACUUUCCAAGUGCUACGCGGUGUUCGUGUCAAAUGAGGGGCGCACGGUGCCGCUAUGGCGCCAAAAAGCAGGACGUGGCGAUGAUCAGGUCGUGAUAUGGGAUUACCACGUUUUCUUUAUGCACAAUCCAUCGCCAAAUCGCUGCUUGGUGUUUGACUUGGACACGACACUACCUUUUCCUACAUAUUUUCACAAGUACGUAACAGAAACGUUUCGCUCGGAUCUUGCGCUGAGACCGGAACAUCACAGGUACUUCAGAGUCAUACCCGCAGAAACAUAUCUAAGUGAAUUCUCAUCCGACCGCCGCCACAUGCGAAGGCCAGAUGGCAGUUGGAUAAAACCACCGCCCUCAUACCCGCCCAUACAGUCAAGCAGCAAUGCGCAUAGUUUGGGUGACUUUAUCUGCAUGAAUGCGGGCAAAGGACCCGGCACCGUCUACAGCCUCUCGGAAUUCGUGCAAACCUUCUACAAGGCGCCGAAUGUGGUGGCGCAGCAGAACAACAAAUAAUAUCAACAGUGCUGAACAGCUAUCAAUGAAGUGCCAGUUAAGUUAACGAACCGACAGUAGCGCCAAAACGCCGCAUGUGCACUUGCAGUAGAAAAUGAGAAAACGAAAGAGUUGCAACUGGACCAGUUGUUUACGCUUAGAUGAAUUAUUUAAUAGCAAUAGGGAGUGCAUCAAGGGUCUGGCAACGUUUUGCAGGCAGUGAUGCGAUGUCGUGAGUGUCAACGUAAAGAUCAAAUAAAUAACAAUAACAGUAGCAGCGCAUGCCAAUAAGUAGGGGGGGCAGAAUUGAGGACAACAUGAAUAAGUUAUAGCUGGUUUCAGAAGCCAAUGCAGCGGCCGUCAAGCGAACCUUAUUAUCGUCAGCAAAAGUUGCCUUCAAUGCCGCACUCAAAUUGCUCGCUUGCACUCGGCGCACGAAUGCCAUGCAGGCUAUCAAUGAACAGCUGAAAAUGUCACUUAAUUUGCAUACUACACAAAAUUACCUUUAGCUUUAGCCAAGCACUGCUGCUAAGCUUUAACGACUGCAAGAUCCUCCAACAAGUGCCGAUUUGGCCUUUCGGUUCAUUCCGAUUGACGAUGCUUCUAUUAUGCGCAGCACUACAUAAGCAGUCCUACCGCCUGCACCUCGCAACUCUGGACUAGAAUGCUUUGCCAGCAUUCAGUAAAAAAUACUUUCCAAGUAUGCACUAUGCCGAGGAAUAUUUUCAACUUUUAUGCAUGCCAUUCUAUUUGCUGCUGUUGUUGUUGGCUGCUCAUAUUUAUAACCAAGCAUCCUUGCCGACAUUGGCGCUAGCAUACCAAGUAGAAUUUGAUGGAUUCAUUGGCUUUAAUGGCCGCUGUUGAUGGCUUCAUGCUUGAUUGAAUAAUCGACUGUUGACCGACGGAUGGUUGCGGGCACCAGACGCAUCGGCAUCAACAACAACAUUAGCUAGACGUCUGCCGGAAUCUCUUAUAAGUUGCUGCUAUUGGCAUGUGUCGACGUUUGUGGCGCAUUGGGAGGAAGGGUAUAAAUAUUCAGUGGGGUAUAUGCAUUUCGUGGCAUAAUGAUGGCGGAAGGCAAUAGAUAAGAAUGGAAAGAACUUUGUAAUCAAAGAUAACACAACAUAAACUAUUAAAUAUUAAAUUAAUGUUUAAAUCAGAAAACAGAUAGAAAAUAUAUUAACUAAUAUAUAGUUAGUAAUAAAUACAUGAACUAUUACAUUUACAAUAAAUAUCUGCUUAUAUAACUAAAAAAGACGUAACAAUAUCGUAAUUAUAAUGAUAACGUAUUUUUGUAUUCAGAUGCAUGCUUAGAAGCAACAAAAUAUAAAACAAUAUAAUUAACUGAGGAAAAAAACAUACUAAGGUUUAUAAUUCAGCGAUAGAAAUUCGAAGAAAAUACAAAAAAAAAAUAUUUUAUAUAUUAUUAUAAUAUUAGCCAGUCACCAUGCAAUAUGCAUUCGGCAAAUUUUGAUCCAGUUUAUUAUAACCUAAUCCAAAUUUUUAAAGUCACACUAAUUAAUUAGUGCAACAACUCUGUUAUUUCUGAGGCACUCUUAAUUCAUUGCUACAGCAAACAGCCCGAAAAUGUUUUCUGAGUUGGUGUGUCGUGUGCCUGAGUUGGUGAUUUUGCGCAGGCACAGUACCAUUAAUAGUCUUUUGAAAAAAUUUACACUCAAGUUCACAAUUUCUUAAUUGUCGUUGAACGCCCAUAUGAGAUAUGUAAACACAUAAGUUGCAAAAGAAAUAUAUAUGCAUUUAUUCAUAUUUUGAUGAAAGAAUUUCAAUUGCGAAAAGAAAGUUGAGCCUCAAUUGCAAAAGUCAGACUUUAAAUUGACAACCUUAAUAUAUAACUCAAACAGCAGCUAAAGUUGCUUAAGUCGACUUUAGCUUUUGAUUUUAUGGAAGACUUUGAAAUAUUACUUACACCUUUUUUAUCGAAAAAUUUGUUUCAUAUUGAUAGGGCAUAUCUAAGGUACAAAAUAUGAUUACCGGUUCCGAAUUAAUUGUUUAGAAUACCUUAAAUUAAUUUCGAUUUACUAUCUAAGUCGAUUUAAGUCGUUUUAAAUCAUGGGCAUAUUAAUAAAUUAUCGAUAUGCAUAUACAUAAGUAUGUAGUAUUGAAUUUUUUAAAAAACUUUGAUAUAUUAAUUCAAAUGCCACUGUUUUAAUAAUAAAAAAACAAUAAUUAAACUAAUAAUUAAUAAAUAAUAAUUCAAUUAAAGAAAAAGAUAUUACAAUUUAAAUUGCCUUGUGAUGAGUCUUCUAAAAAAAGUUAAGUUUCGCAAAUCAAUUGCCCUUGAAAGUUACACUAGUAAAUAAGUUUGUAUUCUACAUAAAAUUAAUUAUAUCAAUUAUUACAUGAAAUUAUCUAAAUUAUUUUUCAUCAAUUAUACUCCAACAUAUACAUAGUAAUAUUUUUGAAACGAUUUUUAAAUGUGUACAUUUUUAUACUCAACUAAAUUAGAGAUAUGAAUAUAAUAUUUUAUUGUAUAUUAGUAGUCCAAUCUAUCCGCACCAGCAAAUAAUAAUGGACUUCACAUUACCAAACAUUUGUUUGAAAGUGCUUAACAAGGCAGUGCAUCGAAGUGAUCGUUGUGGUAUUUUUCAGCAAAUAAAAUUUUUUCAAAUUUAUAAAACAUCUCACAGGAGUAAAUAACAAAUCUCUGCAGUCUUCGAGGCUAACACUAAUGUAAACGCAUUCAAUUUAGGUAAACUUUAUAUUUAUUAAGCUCUAAGAAUUUUUUACAUUUUUAAUAAAAAUUACUCUAGCCUAACCAGUUUCUUCCAGUUAACAAUAUACAUCUUCUCCGCACUCAGAAUUAAGAGCCAAAAAUUUUAAUGGAAACCUAUCUAUUGAUAUGUUAAUCUACGAAGUGAGUUAUCUAAUAAGAAGUUCUCUUGUACCACUUAAGUUGUGUUAUGGUAAUAGUAAUUAUUUCACCUCGCGAUUUUACACGAGGACUGGAAAAAAAGUUACAAUAUAGUUCUACAUAACGGCCUUCAUGUUAACACGAUCAUUAGUCUUCUCGUGCUUGUUUAUUCUUAUUAUUGUAUUCAUAACUUAUGUAACGCAUACAUUACAGUUUAGAGAUUUUCUUUGGUACUUGUAAACUGAUGGAAAUCUUUUUUACUUCCAAUGGAAAAAAUAUUGAAAUAGCACGCAGUAGCAGCAACGGUCCCACCCUGUAUUUAAGUUUAGCCAAAAUUCUAUUUCAGUACGAGUAGCCUUAUGAACUGUUUAAAAAGCAAUGUUGCCAAAAUGUUAAAAAAAAAUAUUUUUUUCGAAAAAAAUAAAAAUAAAAAUGGCCCAAAAACACAAGUUAACAUUAUUUCUACUACUAAUUACUUACAUAUACUACGACUACUAUUUAUUAUUAUCGUACUAUUUUUAUGGAUGCAAUAUAUUGAGAUAAUGCAUUUUAGUGCAACUUAAAAUAAGCGAACUUUUCAUUAAAAUUUAUAAAAUAUAUGCAAUAAAGGCAAAUGCAAAAAUCUAAGCAUAAAUGAAAUGAAAAGCACUAAACUUUUCAUAUUAAAUUAUAUAUAUAUAUAUAUAUAUAUAUAUAUUAAACAUGUCUAAACUUUAGAAAAUAAAUGUAAAAUAUAAACCGAAACUGAAAACAUAAGCGAUAAAGGUAAAUAAAAGCCACUAAGUACAUUAAACAAAAAAUGAACACACACAAAUAACUGUAUUUGCUUAACCAUGCAAAAGCGGAGCGAAGUUAUUAUAUACAUGCAAACAUACAUAUGUAAAAAAGAAUAUUUUCACUGUGCAAGUCUUAAAGUUAAACCAUAAUUUUUAAAACACAACAACAAAAAUAUAUUGUAUACAUGCUAAAUAUUAUAAGCGUAAAGUAUUUAAACUCAUCUACUAUAUACUUAUACAUACUAUUCGUAAUUUAAGCGGUUGGUGAAUUUAUCAAUUCAAUUUAAACUCAAUUGAAAGCAGCUAUAAAUAUUUAUAGUAUACUUAUGUACAUACAUAUGUGAAGAAAUAUAUAUACAUAUACACAUGUGGUAGAUAAUGCAUACAAAGCUAUUACAAUGAUGAUAUUUAUACAAAAAUUUAACGGUAUAACUAAAUCUUUAUCUCGAUGGUGUUUCUCGUAAGCUUUUGACUCUCUACAUCCACACACACACACCCAUAGGUUAUACUUACCACACUUAUACGUUAAAAUUGUAACUCACGUUGACACCCAUAACAAGAACACCCACACGCCCAACCACAAAUGUUGUAAAUUCUAAGCCAGUCACAUAAAUUGCUGUCUUAAUCCAGAUACUUAAAGUUUUGUAUUUUUGAACUCUUUCACAACUCUUUAACAAUAUGCUAUAAUAAAAAUUAAAACGUAAAAAUAAUAAAAAUAACAUGCUUGAAUACAAUUUAUGCAUAUUAUAUAUACAAAAUAAUAUUUAACAAAAAAAUAAUCAAGUGAAAAAUAUAUGUAUUCCAAGUUAAAAACGAAAAUCCCUUGAAAGAUUGUAUAUAACAGUGUAAGGAGAUAUUUGAGAGUGUUUUAUAUAUUAUUUCUAAAUAAUAGUAAUUUUUACCAACAAAAGAGGUGCUCGACGUGCAUGAACACAAAAUUAUUGCAAAACUCGCAGGAAAUAGAGAUUAUGACAGUGCGUGUGACAUGAAAACAAUUUAGUUCGUCAUGAACGAUAUUAAGUUUGUUAGGUGUGGCGGACUUAACUGAAGGACUGGCAGUAAUUUCUUUGGUUGUGUAGGCAUUUGAUGAAUGAUUACAACACUCGCUUUAGCAAUGUUGAUGAGCCGACAUGUCUUAUUCAGGUGCCAUAUUAAAGUCGCAUUGCCUUUUAAUUUCAAUUCACCUGCAUUAUAUGCUCGCUAAAUGAUACUUCCGAGCAAAAAGAAACCUUUUACCCAGAGAAUAUAUAUUACUUAUAUACUACCGAAAGGCAUAGUUGUUUGAAAAAUAUUUUAAAAUUCUAUAAUAAUUCUAUAAAUAGAAUAAACGUUAGGCUUCCAAGAUGUUGAGAUUAAAAAUUAAAAUUUGAAUUUUUAAUUCCGAUUUUGUUAUUAUUUUUAUUUUUUCUGAUAGGAAAAUUUGAAAUUUUAUUUUGAAUUUAUUGGUAAAAAUUAAGCAUUUAAUUCAUAAUAUGCAAAACAGAAUUCAGAAUUGAUAAAAUAUAAUUAAUCAAAAUAUGUCAGUUUGCUCUAGAGAGUUAAUUUAUGGCUCUCUGUUGAGCUUUAGUUCAAAACGGUAAUUCUAACACAGUUUUUUUUUAAUUCUUAGUUAAGUGAUUGAAAUUUCAUUUUUUAAAUUUAUCGAUGAGGAAUUUGGAGUUAAAAGUUAAAAAUAAAAUUUUAAUACGGAUUUUUUAUUUUUAGACUCGUAUUUUAUCUAAAUUCUUUUCCAUACAUCACUGGGCAUUAAAAAUUUAAAAAUUACUUUUAAUUAAGUUUUUCGACAUUACAAAAUAAAAAAUUAAAGAAUUAAUUCAAAUGACAAUUAAAUUUUUUUAAUGAGUUAUUUGCAACCCUGCCUAUAAUACGGAAGUAUUAAUAGUACAUCGCUUAAUUACAUAUAUUUUAAAAAUUAAAAAAAAAAUAAAUUGUAAUAAACAAAUAAUAAUGCGUGGUACAGUAUUUCUAAAAACUCACCAAAAUAUUAGUAACAUAAUAUAAGAAUAUAUACUCGUUUAAAGUAUUUGUUCGAAGCCAAAUACUCAAAUGACAAUGCCACUGUGAAGCAUUAAUUAAGAAUUGUUUAAAUGUUCUAAGGUCAAAGCAUUUAAACGGUGUUGAAUUAUGCAGUCGAAAAGCUUUGACGCCUCUCCGCAUUGACGCUUUGCACCUUGUAACGCUUUUAAAACGGAACCUUUUGAACUUUCGUUCCAAAAAAUUACGGGUAAACACAAUUUAAAUAUUUUAACAAUUAAUUAAAAUGGAUUUUGAACACAUUUCACUUACUUUAAAUGCUUAUACUUAGUUUUUGGAUUGUAUGAUAAGUAAUUUAAUUUAGUUUAUAUAUAUGUAAGCAGACAUUUUAUAUUAAAACCUACGAAUUAUAAUACAAAACACAAAUAGGAUCGAUGUGAACAUUAAUGACACAUAAAAUAAAUAUAAUAAACAAUAUAAUUACAUAAAAGGGAACGAGUAUGUAAAGUUGGUAAACAAUAUAAUGUAGUUAGGUGAAUAUUUUAUAAAAACGAAGAAGUUAUACAAUGUAGCAAGAACAAGAACAUUGAAAUUACACAUGCAAAUCAAAUUAGGAAUUAUAAUAACGCAAAUAACGGUGCAGAAAAUUAAGCGAAUGCCAUGUAAAGUCAAGACUAAAAGUACUCAAACGUGCGAAGUCUCUAAAUUUCAUGCAUACAUACACACCCGCUUACUCACACAGUCACAAAACCAAGUUAAAAUAAACAAAAAUAACGGCAGCAAUAAAUAUUCGAAUACAACUAAAUAUGCAAAAAUAUAAAUGGUAAAAGCAACAAAAAUAACAAUUGCGCUCUAACUGUAAAAGGCAAGCUGCAAUCAGCGGGCAAAACAAAUUGAUGAAUGGACAUUAAAAUCACAUCAUCAAAAGUUCCACAAACCAAAUUGGACUAACCAAGUUGGUUUUUUAUUGCUAAAUGUUAUUGUUGUUAUUAGCAAAAAUUCAAACUUAUGACAUUUUUGAACUUGUGCUCUCUUUAUUAUAGCCGCUAAGGUUAACUGUUGAUAUUGCAUUAUCAAUUGAUAUUUGUCCUGUUAGUUGCGUUUUGACUUCACUCAGUAAUGGCUUUUGUGGAAUUCAACGAUCAAAAUGAAAACAACCUGCAUACACCUAUGGUUCUAAAAUAAUUCAGUGAAAUUUGAAAAUGUUAAAUUCAAUUCGCUGUGCAUUUCAUUGUUAUCUACAGCCAGAAGUCACUAAUUUUAAUAAUUAUUCUUUUUAUUUGAUUUUAUUGGUCAGAUACAGUUAUUGUCUUUUACUUGUAUUACUACAAAUGCACAUGAAUGAAUCGCUACUACAAUUUACUACUCAACUCGAUCGAUAUUGAAAUUCGAAAUUGCGGCAAAAAAAAGUUGUUUUCGAAAUGUUUGUUUUGCUAAUGAAAUUUUUUCAAUUAUUUCAGCUAAUUUCGCAUAAAAAGUUGUGUAUUAUGAUUCUCUUUGAACUUCUUGCGUCAAGAGAGUUAAAGUUAUAAUGUCAACCUUAUGGCUUUGUAAUAAUUUUUAAUGUAAUUUUUGGUAUAUGAAAUGAAGUUCCUCUAAAUAAAUCUGCGAAAGAAACGGCUGUAACUUCCACAUUGAAACUAUGUGCAACUCCCUGUUAUCAAAAAUGAGAAGGACGUAACUUCGUUCGACGACCGUAACCUUAAAUAUCUAGUUAAAUAUUGGUUAUCAAGCAAGUCUGAAACAUUUAUAGAGUUUCGUAUAGUUUCAAUAUGAGAAAGAUGAACCUGUAAUAAUGCUGAAGAAUUGUUGACCAAUAAAGCGGAUUGGCGAGCAACCGGACAUUCCUUAGAAAUAAUCAUAUUUAUAUCCAUGACUAAUCAAUACAACUUCAAUUUACAAUUCUAGUUUAAAUGCUUAUAGUUGAGUUCCUUAAUUGAGUGGAGCGCAAUAGACGUAGUUUUUAUACCGCGAAAAAGUUGAUUGAAUUUGACACGAAAGAAAACCUUGUAAAGUAUAUACAUUGUGAUGAGUUGAAUUUAUUUAGUUAUGUCCCUUUGUCGAUCGCGUAUAUUAUAUUCCCGAAUUACUCCCUCAGUUUGUUUGCAUACGUCCUUUUCACAUCAAGAAGCUUCUGCGGGAAUCGCCGUUUUCGGUCAAAUAUAGCAUAUCGUUGUCACACACACUGAUCGGUCAAACUCAUGUCCUUGUAUAGAAAAUGUUUUUAUUGUUCAGAUCGGACCAACAUGGCAUAUAGCUGUCGUUUAAACUGACCGAUCAAACUCAAGAAAAAGAUCUUUAAUAAUUUUUUAAAUAUAAAAGAAAUUGACGUUUUCUCUUCCUUCCUUUAAAACUAAACUACUUUUUCUGUCGAGAACUAUGGAUUAACAAUCCAAGAAUAUCGAGAAACAAUAGGGAAAACAGGAACGUUUCACAUGUGCAACUACACUUAAUGACAUCGGGACUGAUUUUGAAUUGAAGCUUUGUUGUAUUUUGUCAAUAACUUUACGUUAUUAUCCUUAUUGCGGUUUGCAACUGCACUCAGUUAAAUUGAAGUUAAAGUAAUUAAAGUUCAGAUCAUUUAAACCCUCUUUUAGUAUUAAGAACUUCAACUAUUUUCAGUUGAAGUUUCAUAGGUAUUGCCGGAAAUUAGAAAGUGAAUGUUUGACAGAUAAUUAAACAGCUGAAAAUUUGUAAACGAAAAAUCAAAACAAUUCUAUUAAUCGUAGCGGAUAGUACAUAAAUGACUGAAUAGGAAACCCUUCAAAAAUUUUACUUAAAAAGUAUAAUACAUUCCUAGGGAAAGUAAUUUGUACCGGUUUUUUUGUCCUUUAUUUUUAUUUUCCAAAUUGUAGCUUGCCUUUUCCAGUUUCGGCAUUUUUCUCCACAAGCUCAACAAAUUGUUCACCUUUCUAUGUAAUAUAGAUAAAUUAAAUAAAAUAAAAUAGUCAACAUUUUAGGUAACGAUAUAUAAAUAGUUUAUUUACCCAUUCUAUUUUUCAUUUUCUAUUAAUAUUUUUCCUAAAUAAACGUAUUCUUGGUGGCAGUUGAAAUUUUUUGAUAUUCUAGUCAACCACACUGACACAUAUGUAGUUGAAACCCGUAAUACCCCAAAAAAGUUAAAGUUUGACAACAAUUCCAGCGAAAUGCAGUUGAGUUGAAACCCGUAAUAGGACCUAAAAACUUAAAAUAGUCAAAGAGGAGCCGAUUUUAAUAAAAAUGUUAAAUUUAAAAAUGUUAGCAACAAUAACGACAUAAAUACAAUUUCAAUAUAGCAUUUAUACUUCAAAGAAAAAACAUGUGUUUAAUAAUAUAACAGCAGUGCUUAAUUAAAAAAAAAACAAAUAUAAA